CACGUGCUGUAGCUAGCUAGCUAGCGAUAGCUAGACGUGCAUACAUAUGCCAUCAUUGCGUGGAGAUGGAGUGACAAAGUCGCAGUCGGAGGAUAGGACUUAAGUUAGACCUCUUCUUUCAUUUGACUAUACAUACAGAAAGCUCUUUCAUUGCACGAAAUUAAGGAACACCAUACAGUGUUACCAUGGCUGCCGUAGGUCAUAGUUCAACAAACCAGAUGGGUCCUCAAAUGGAUAUGACUCCGAGGGCAAUCAAUGUUGGUGCAUUUGCUGUAGCCAGAGCUGAUGAGAUCAAUACUAUGAUGAUGUCCAUCUCAACAAACAAUUCCAUUCAACGGAUAUUCCAAAAGUUACCCCGUCACAUGCGAAGGCGCGCCAUGAGUCACAACAUUAAAAGGAUGCCAAGACGACUGAGAGAGAAUGCAAGGAUCCAGGCAGAGAGAAGUGUCAAGAAGAAGCCCAAACAGGAUACCACGGGAGCUGCUAAACAGUCUCGUCGCCAUCGGAGACGACCUGGAAAUCUUCGCGAGAUGUACGCAAAGCGACAAAUGAGAAACCGCUGGAUGGAGACGCAUAUCUGGCAUGCCAAACGUUUCAAGAUGGUGGAACGUUGGGGGUGGAAGAUCCCCCUUCAUCCCUCGGAUAAGAGUGCCAGAGCUGUUUACAGAGCAACAGCCAGACAUUGUGUGAUUAGUGAUAUUUCCUAUCAUCAGGUCAUUGAAGUUCAAGGGACAGAGGUCAAUAUUAUAUCAGCCAUGAAACAUUUGACAAGCCCUCAUGUCGGUUUAACUAUGGCUUCCAGAGCAUAUCUCCAUGGCACUAGACACGGUGGGGUGUUGCUAUAUCACAGGGAUACCUACCCUCAUGGAGCUAUUGGUCCUGUGGACUACCUCUGGCACUGUGAGCUCCAUGCAUCUAUGGCUCCACCCGGAGCACACUCACAGGAGUUGAACAGCAAUGGAGGGGAUGAUGACAAUAAGAUAAGGAGACUUUGGAUGUGGAUACAUCCUUCUUGCUGGAAAGAAGUCAUAGAUGAACUGAAAGUAGUGUGCUCAGAUUACAAUGUAUCUGUAACACCGCUAGAAGAUGAACUUCUUAGAUUCCGUCUCCAAGGUCCCCUGGCUCAUCCAAUUCUCCUGGAUGCGCUCCAGGUUGCCACGGUAACUCCUGAUGAUACUAUCCAGGAUGAAAGAGAUGAUGGGAGCGACACUUUAUACUGGUGGGAGAAAUACUUUCGGGAUGAAAGUCACCUUGAGACCUUCAAGCAGCAGGCUACUACAUGGAAGAAUUUCAGUGAGCUGCAAUCAACAUCAGAGAUACCCACCAAUGCGGUGGUCUCACUGGUCGUACGGGACCCUCGUGUUAUAUUACCAAAGAAGAGAACUAAAAUCAUGGUGGAUCCUGAUCAACUUGCAGAUGAACCAUCAAAUCAGAGAGCUCUCAAGCUUCCUAGAGAGUCUAGCAUCUCUCCACUCUGGUCACCAAUGGUUAGAGAGUCGGUGGCCUCGGAACAAAAAUCUAACCAUGAACUUAACCAGCUCCGUUCUGAUCUUCUGGUACCUGGAACCGACUUGAAUCUAGGUCGAUCUGAAGCCCGCAUCCCGGUCCUGCUCCUACACUAUUCUGGGAUCAGAACAUCUGCCGGCAAUGAAGGGAAUGAUAGUACAGGGAUGCUGGGGUAUGGUGGAGGUUGGGACUUGGUGGUGCCCAGGAAAUGGGGCAUGGCUUUCUGGAUGGGGUUGGUGUACAGAGGAGCAAGGGCGUGUGGGCUUCGUGAAGCAGGUAAAGUGUCUCUCCACUGCAGCAUGCCAAGGUAUCCUUAUGACUUCCCUGACUCAGAGGCAGGGCGCAUCAUCAGGAAGUGCAUCGCUGAUGACCUGGAGCAGACCUUUUUGAAGAAGCCUCCGGCAAAGAGACCAAAUCAUGGUAAACUUGGAAUAGCAGCUCCUUUCCGUCCACCAUGGUUUCAGCUUAUCAAGGAGUGGGUCCUGAAGGAGACCGGGGAAGCUAGUUGUGCAGAAAGCAUGCUGCAAGGUUGGUAUGUACUCAGGAACAAGGAGAAGCUUGAUAUGCUGAGGACAACUAUGCAAGGAUGGUUCAAGAAGCAGAGAGGAGUGGCCAGGAAACAAAGCAAGUGGACUGUUACAGGGGGAAAACAUCCUGCCAGUAUUGCAAACAGUACCACCAGCAAAGAAAGGAAAGAAUUACCUGAUCAUCUGUCUUUGCUAGAACCUGUAACAAACAGUCUUGUGCCUUUGGAGAACAGAUCUUUAGUAUGGGUUGGACUGCAUAUGGUGAACAGGGGUUUCCCAUCCCAAUUCGCAAUCAUCUGUCUUCCAAGUAAUGCUGACCUUGCUGAACUUGCCCGGAAUCCUAACUACGGUGGCCCAGAAGAGCCUGUUCAUAAAGAAUUCUGUCUUCCGAAGAAGAGAAAGUUGGAGAAAAGCCAGAAAGGCUCAAAUGCAAAGAAGGUCAAAGUCACCCAAGAGCACAGGCCAGAACCUCCAUCGACACCAGCAGACUUUGGGUAUGUGAGCAAAGACAAGAUGGACCUUCCAGGGAUGGUUGUGGACAUGGCUCAAGAAUGUGUUUCUAGUGAAUCAAAUGUUGACAGUGUUAGUUUACACAAUACAGGUGCCUCAAAUUCAGGACAGUGCCAUGAUGACAAAGACAUAGGAUCGCAAAAAAAAAUGGAAACCAUUCCAACUUUUACUAAUAGUGACACUGAUGGUGUAGCCUCGUGUAAAACCUCAACAUUGACUGAUGCCAUAUCUUCAAAGCAAGGAAGACAUGCUAUGGGUGCUGCUUCAGGUGUCGUGAUGACAUCAACAGAACAGUCAUCACCAGUAUCAGCUCCUGAAGUAAGUGGGACUGCAGCAGUUAACACUGAUGCUGCAAUGAAGGUUCCCGUACAACCCCAACCAUCUGAGAGCAAAUCAUCUGACACAUCCCCAACUAUCACACAUAAGGAACUUAUCACAUCCUGUACACGUUCAAUCAUUGGCUUUGUAACAAAUGGGGCACAAUCGUUUAGUUGUGGCAAGGGGAUGGGCGUUGGGUUCUGUGCUACUCUAGGUCUCAUCAACCUGAUGAGGGCUUCUCCUAGAAGUCGAAAGUUAGUCGUACUGGUCAGAGAUGUCCAAAGUUUACAGUACAGGUUUGCCUACAUUUAUAUCCCUUCAUAACAUAGACAGUGAACCAAUGUGCCUUUAUUACUAUUUCUUUUUUUUCAUAGGGAGUGGAAUACCAUUUUGGUUAUUCCAUAUGCUUUAGUCUGGUCUAGGGUCUGAUACAAAAAGAUUUAACUCACAAGCUGCAAAGUAGUGGUCUUUCUAGGGCAGCGAGAUGGCCUCUUGGAUCACGAUCCAUAUCUUCUACCAUUAUGGUAGAUGCCAAUCAGGAGAUGUCUUUCAUGAUUGUUCAAGUCACAUGUUAACAGUGGUAAUGUAAAUUGUCUUACUCUCCCUAGCUUGCAGUCUGUGAAUAUAGCCAGGGCCAAACUCAAAGAAUGUUUGUAUCAUUCAUUCACCAAGUGAAAGCGGACAAUAGUGUGGUCAAUAGAAGAUUUAUGUGUAUUAUUUUUUAAAGAUAUCUAUCAUUAAAGGACACCAAAACUCAAAGAAAAGCAAUCUUGGAAAGAGUGAAAUGAGAGGAAGAAAUUGAAAACAAGUUUCAUCAACAUUGGUUAUGAAAUAGGCAAGUUAUGGACGCUUACAAUGUCUUGUACUUUUUAUGGGGAUCCUCCAAUUUGCAAACAUGCUUCAGAAUUGCUGAUUUUGUGGACAACCCUCCAUUUGUUUUGUGCAUAAAUUCUUAGCCCCUUUAUUUUACAUAUUUCACAUCACUUCCUCCUAAACUUGACAUAUGUUGUGUGAAUUAUUUUUUCCCUUGACAUAUACUAUGCUCAGAAUGAGGCAAUAUGCAAUUUUGAAGAAAAUGGGGAAAAUCUGAAAGUUGUGUACAAAACAAAAUCAGCCAUUUUGAAGCAUGUUUGCCAAUUUGAGAAUCAGUACAACAAGACCUUUUGAACAUCCAUAACUUGCUUAUUUCACAACCGAUUUUGAUGAAACUUGUUUUGCAUCGUUCCUCUCAUUUUACUCUUUCCAAUAAGAUUGUUUCUCUUCUUGGAUUUUGAUUUCAUUAACAAGCUUACUAUGAAUUCAUUUGGUCACUGCAUAUAUA